AUAUUUAAAGAUAUCUAUGGACUUAACACAACACAAUAACCUAACUUUUUUUGACAUUUUUGACAGCGAAAACGUCAUUUUUUAUUAGAAAUGAGUCAAGAUUAAUUACUCAUUUAAAGUCUACUUAUUAUUAUCUAAAGUAAGCUCAGUAUUGUUUAAAAGUGUAAAUCGUAAAGAUGUUUUCGAGCGGGCCGAAUUAUACAAAAUUAAAAACGCAUUUAAGAUUAGCUAUAAAUAGGUUAAAACUGCUCGAGAAGAAAAAAAGUGAGUUGACUCAAAAAUCUCGGCGAGAAAUCGCCGAUUUUAUCCAAGCUGGAAAAUAUGAACGUGCUAAAAUUCGUGUUGAACAUAUUGUUAGAGAGGAUUACUUAGUUGAAGCUAUGGAAGUUGUUGAAAUGUACUGUGAUUUAUUAUUGGCACGAUUUGGUUUAAUCACCCAAAUGAAAGACUUAGAUGAGGGUAUAGCUGAAGCUAUCGCUAGCAUAAUGUGGGUCGCCCCUCGUUUACAAUCCGAUUGUCCUGAAUUAAAAGUGAUUGCUGAUUUAUUAGCAGGAAAAUAUGGUUUGCAAUUCGCUGAAGCGUGUAGAAACGAAUCUGAGACAAGAAUAAGCCCUAAAUUAAAACAUAAAAUGUCAAUUCAGAGCCCUCCAAAACUUCUUGUUGAAAAAUAUUUGAUUGAAAUUGCUAAAACUUAUGAUAUACCUUAUGACCCUGAUCCACAAAUCUUAGGAGAAGGAAAUCGGGAUGGAAUGUUAAUAGAUUUAAGUGAUAAAAAUAAUUUGGGUGGAGGUAACGUGUAUCCACCAGGAUUUAUUGGAUACCCACAACCCCCACCUUUACCUUUACAAGGUCCAUUUAAUUAUCCUCCUAUGGGGGGAAAUAUUCCCGAUCAAGGAGGUUUUGUUGGUCCAUUAAACCCAUCAGCUCCUUCUUCAAGUAAUAACCCACCUUAUGGGGCCCCAUUUUCUUAUAACAUUCCACCAGGAGCUGAAUCAAAAGAAUCAAACACCGAUUUUGGGGAAUCUUUACCACCACCUUAUUCAUCAUUACCACCAGACAACUUUAACAAGAAUAAAGAACAACCUAAACCGGCUCCGCGGACGAAAAUGCCAGAAGGAAAUAAUUAUCCGGAUCUACCCGAGUUGCCUUCAGUACCAACAGAUGAUCAUUUAACUUCGCCUACCAACAACGACGACAUCGAUUUCGACGAUUUAACUCGUCGAUUUGAAGAGUUAAAGAAGAGAAAAUAAAUGAGCAAAAUGUUGAAUAAUGAAUUGACUUAAUAAUAUGACUUCUUGUUAGAAAUGCUUAAUGAUAUAUAUUUUUAUAUUUAAUCACAAUUGUUAUUUAAUCACUCUGGUUUUAUUACAAAGCUAGAAAAUGUAUAUUUCAAAUAAUGGCUUGAAUUUAUUAAAACAGUAAAAUCUCGAUAUAACAGAUUAA